AUGGGUGACGAGCUCUCAUCCCAUACAAGUCACUCCUACGCGGCUGCUGUGGUACAAGCCGUCUCCGCCCGCUUCGUCGAUGACCCUCGCACCGUUGGGGACGUGGCGUGGGCAUGUCACCGUUUCACCAAUCCUCCAGAUACCGUUUUUCUUGAUACGGCCAUCCAGGCAACGCAACUGGCAAUGGAGCGUGGCCAGAACUCAGCUCCUAGCGACCGCUCUCAACUGUACUACGACCUAGGAGUCCGGCUCGACACCCGUUCAGACCUGACACACUCACUUGACGAUCUCAGUCAGGCGAUGUUGGCUUUUCAGGCUGCUGUUGACCUCACUUCAGACGACAAUCCCAACCAGCCUGAGCGCCUCAAUCGACUGGGCGUUUCGCGACUCGCAUACUUCGAGCGCGUCGGUAGGAUCGAUGACCUCAACCAUGCUAUCACAGCAUUCUCCUGCGCUUUCGAGCUCUUACCGGAAGGCGACCCCAACAAGCCGAUACUAUUAAGCAACCUCGGCAACUCGUUUGACAAGCGCUUUAAGCACAUCGGGGAGCUCGAUGAUAUCGAGCAAGCUGUCUCGUCGCAUCGUCGCGCGAUCGAGCUCACACCGGACGGCCAGCCCAUCAAGUUAUUGCAAUUCAGCAAUCUGGGUAACUCUCUUCGCAAGCACUUUGAGCUCACCGGGGAUGUCGAUUACAUUGAGCAGGCUAUCUCAUCGCAUCGCCGCGCGGUCGAGCUUACACCGAAUGGUCACCCCAAGAAGCCCUCGCUUUUCAGCAACCUGGGAAGCUCGCUUCUCGCGCGUUUCGAGCACAUUGGGGAGCUCGACGAUGUCGAACAGGCGGUCUCGUCCCAUCGCCGCGCGGUCUCGCUCACACCGGAUGGCCACCCCGAUAAGCCGAUGCUAUUCAGCAACUUGGGUAGCUCGCUUCAAGCGCGCUUCCAGCACGCCGGGAAGCUUGAUGAUAUUGAGCGAGCUGUCUCAUCGCAUCGCCGCGCAGUUGAACUGACGCCGGAUGGCCACCCGGACAAGCCAGCACAAUUCAACAACCUCGGCAAUUCGCUUAGCAUAUGCUUCGAGUGCACCGGGGAGCUCGAUGGUAUCGAGCAGGCCAUCUCGUCGCAUCGCCGUGCUGUCGAGCUCACGCCGGAUGGCCACCCUGCCAAGCCAUCGCGAUUCAGCAACCUGGGUAAUUCUCUUCACAGGCGCUUUGAUCGCACCGGGGAGCUCGAUGAUAUCGAGCAGGCUAUCUCGUCGCAUCGCCGCGCAGUCGAGCUUACACCGGAUUGUCACCCCAAUAAGCCCUCGCUAUUCAGCAGCUUGGGCUGCUCGCUUCUCGCGCAUUUCAAGUGCACGGGAGAGCUCGAUGGUAUCGAGCAGGCUAUCUCGUCGCAUCUUCGUGCUGUCGAGCUCACACCGGAUGGCCACCCCGCCAAGCCGGCGCGAUUGAGCAAUCUGGGAAACUCUCUCCACAAUCACUUCGAGUGCACCGGGAAGCUCGACGAUAUCGAGCGGGCCGUCUCGUCGCAUCACCUCGCGGUCGAGCUCGCGCCAAAUGGCCACCCUGCCAUGCCGGCAUGGUUCAAUAACCUCGGCACCUCGCUUUUCGCGCGUUACAGGCACACUGGGGAGCUCGACGAUGUCGAACAGGCGGUCUCGUUCCAUCGCCGCGCGGUCUCGCUCACACCGGAUGGCCACCCCGAUAAGCCGAUGCUAUUCAGCAACUUGGGUAGCUCGCUUCAAGCGCGCUUCCAGCACGCCGGGGAGCAUGAUGAUAUUGAGCAAGCUGUCUCAUCGCAUCGCCGCGCGGUUGAACUGACGCCGGAUGGCCGCCCGGACAAGCCAGCACAAUUCAGCAACCUCGGCAAUUCGCUUAGCAUAUGCUUCGAGUGCGCUGGGAAGCUCGAUGAUAUCGAGCAGGCCAUCUCGUCGCAUCGCCGUGCUGUCGAGCUCACACCGGAUGGCCACCCUGCCAAGCCGGCAUGGUUCAACAACCUGGGUAGCUCUCUCCACCAGCGAUUUGAGCGCACCAGGGAGGUCGACGAUAUCGAGCAGUCCAUUUCGUCGCUUCGCCGCGCAAUCGAGCUCACACCGGAUGGCCACCCUGGCAAGCCCUCGCUAUUCAGCAAUCUGGGCAGCUCGCUUAUCGCGUGUUUCAAACACACGGGAGAGCUCAAAGAUGUCGAGCAGGCCAUCUCGUCACAUCGCCGUGCUGUUGGGCUCACACUGGAUGGCCACCCUGACAAGGCGAUGCAAUCUAACAACCUAGGUACCUCGCUUCACGCACGCUUUGAGCGCACUGGGGAGCCCAUUGAUAUCGAGCAGGCUGUUUCGUCGUUUCGUCGCGCAGUCGAGCUUACACCGGACGGACAACCCGACAAGCCAUUGCGAUUGAGCAACCUGGGCAGCUCGCUUCUCACACGCUUUGAGCACACUGGGGAGCCCGUUGAUAUCGAGCAGGCCAUCUCGUCGCAUCGCCGCGCAGUCGAGCUUCUGCCGGAUGGCCACCCCAAUAAGUCAUUGUCAUUAUACAAUCUGGGGCUUUCGUAUCAGAGGUAUCACGAACAUGCAGGAAGUGGGACUGACUGCACGGCCGCUAUCAGGUGUUACAUGGAGGCGACAGAGCACACAUCUGGCAGUCCCUCAAUUCGUCUCAAUUCUGCUUCAUGCUGUGUUCGCCUACUACACCAAAACCCAUCGAUAAGCAUCAUAGACUCUCUCUUGGAAGCACACUCGCGCAUCAUUGCUGUUCUGCCGGAAAUCAUUUGGCUCGGAUAUGAUAUUCAGCGACGCUACAUGGAAUCAUCUCGUGUAGGCGAACUUAUCAAUGACGCAAUCUCUACAGCUGUAGCUGUCGAUGCUUUGACACUGGCUGUACAGUGGCUUGAGGCGGGCAGAUCACUCAUCUGGGCUCAGGUCUUGUCGUUGCGCACACCACUCGAUGACUUGAACGAGUCCUAUCCAGAACUCGCGGAUUCUCUUCGCCACGUUCAACAACGCCUCCAGUCAUCCGCGAGAAGCUCGUUUGCUCCCAAGAUGAUGACAGUCAGUGACGUUCCCGGGCUCACAACCAAUCGUGCGGCCGAUGCCCAUCGCGCGCUAGCUAUCGAGCACGACGGUCUGUUAAAGAAGAUACGGGCGUGCCCUGGGUUUCAAGACUUCCUACGUCCGAAGUCGUUCGACGCGCUCUCGGCCCUGUUCACGUCGUUAUACAACCCCGUCAUUUUCAUAAACGUGAACAUGAAUCGCUGUGACGCUCUCUGUUUAUAUCCCAGUGGCGAGAUCACACUGGUUCCACUGCCUUCCCUCACGCUCGAUGCGGCGACAAAACUAUCCGCUCUCUGGACCAGGAUUCUAAGAAAUCACAUGGUUCGUGUACGAGGCGCUGUUCGCUGGGAUGGAGCGGAGGGCUCAGCCCUUUUACAACGUGCUCUGGAGCGUAUGUGGACAUGGAUUGUCAACCCUAUCUUAGAUGCUCUUGAUCUUGGUAGUCUUGUUCACGGAGAACAGUUACCGAGUAUCACUUGGUGCCCUACUGGGCCGCUCACACAACUACCUCUGCACGCGGCAGGUGUUUACAGCAAGCCGGAUGGUCCUCGCGCUUAUGAAUUCAUCGUCUCUACUUAUACCCCGUCCUUAUCUGCGCUUCUACGCAGUCGCGAAGCGACCGCAACCCAUCAUAUGGCAGCAAAUGCGCUGAUCGUAACACAGCCAAAUACACCGCGCUUGCCCUCUCUACCUGGCACCAAAGCCGAAGGACGUCAGCUGCGGGACUUUUUAUGCAGCUUGAACAUCGCGACUCAGCUGUUGGAACACGAGCAGGCGUCUACCAAUUCCGUGAGCCACGAUAUCGGUCGAUACUCGUGGGUACAUCUCGCGUGCCACGGAUCGCAGAAUCCCGCGGACCCGACGAAGAGCGCAUUUCACCUCUACGACGGUCCCUUGACGCUCUCGGAUCUCAUGGGUACCGUAUCCGAGAACGCGGAACUCGCUUUUCUAUCGGCGUGUCAGACCGCUGUAGGCGACGAGAAGGUACCGGAGGAAUCCGCCCACCUAGCAGCAGGCAUGCUCGCCGUCGGCUUCAAAGGUGUUGUGGCAACGAUGUGGUCCAUCGGAGACGCCGACGCGCCCGUCGUCGUUGAGGCGUACUACAAGGAGCUCAUCGCCUUGCGUGAUGCUGGCGUUCUCAGGAGAGGGGAGACGGGUGCGGCAUAUGCGCUGCAUGCGGCCACGAAGGUCCUGCGGGAGAAGGUGGGCGAGGCGGCGUUCAUGCGAUGGGUUCCGUUCGUCCAUUUCGGAGUUUGA